AUGAAUUUUGAAAGUCAAGAAGAUGAGAGUACAGGUCAGGAAUGUUCUUCCGUACCAAUUCAGCCUGAUGAAGAAGACGCUGCGCAAGACCAAGAUACGGAGCCCGGCAGUAAGCGCCACACGCAAACCCCUUCGUUGGAACAAGCUGUGGAGAUUCCGGUUCCCAAGCGGCAGAGUCAAAGAAUUUUGCUCAGAAACAUGUCGGCGGUGGCACAAGUCGAGGACGACUUUGAGACAGCCUACGUUGUGAAUUCAGUGGGAGAUAUUCCGACAACGUUUAAGUCGGCGAUGGAAUCCAACAACGCAGUCAAGUGGAAGGAAGCGCGCGACUCCGAAAUCGACUCCCUCCGCAAGAACACGACAUGGCAAGAGGAGAAUCAAGAUGGUGGGAUCGAGCGUUUUAAAGCGCGCCUUGUUGCGAAGGGGUUCUCACAGAAGUUUGGCAUCGACUACGGGGAAACAUUUGCUCCGGUUGCCAAGUUCACUUCGAUUAGAGUCAUCCUCAGUCUGGCAGCCAAGUACCCCCUUAAGGUGAACCAGAUGGAUAUCAAGACCGCGUUUCUGAACGGCGAGCUGGAUGAAGACAUCUACAUGGCGCAACCGGACGGCUACAUCGACGAAGAUCACGAGCAUUUCGUUUUCAAACUGCAGUGGUCACUGUACGGGCUAAAACAAUCACCGCGGAUGUAG